AUGUCUUCUCCUGGCUCUUUCAAUAGGGUCCACGACCUGGCACUACAGCAGUCCCAGCAUGACGUUGAAAAGCUCGGGGCGUACAAGGGCUCUAUUGAAGCGCUUACGCGCGAUGAAGCGACAUUGCGGACCAGAAUAGACGAUCUACAAAAGAAGGGGGGAAAUCAUAGCCGCACUAGCAUCACCAGAGAUAGGGAGAGCUCGAGUCUCAUUCAUCGAACUGCAAACAUGGAGACGAACGAUCCCGCCGUGAAACAACUCGAACGCGAGGCAGCGAGACGAUCUGCCAAAGUAAUGGACCUGCGCAAACGAGAAGAACGGCGUACUAUCGCGAAUGCCCAUCGUCGCUCAAGCCUCGAGAAACAGGCCCAGAAAAGCCCGAUGGCAGCAGGGGGUCCUUCUGCUCAAAACGAGCAGUACACUCUAGGCGGGCACAACACUGAGCAAAACCAGACCACUCAGACAGACAAGCACGAAGCGAUCCUCUGGGAGUCACCUCGUGCCCCGUCCGGCCCUCGUGCUCCUCCCGGAGUUGAUCCAUUGGGCGAAGCUGAGGAGGACUGGGUGCCUUGCGGAUUUUGGGCCCGCUUCAUACGCGUUUGCUACCUGUGA